ACCCCCUGAUUGCAGUCAAACACUCUCAAUCUCUCUCUUGAUCUCCAUACCUCAAAAACACCUGUUCUUAUCAACCUUAAUCCCAAACAUAUAACAAGAUUUUUGUUCUGUAAAUGAUGGCUGAGAAAGAAGAUUUAGGCUUGAGCCUCAGCUUGAACUUUCCGGCAGCCGCCGACCGAAAUCCGUCCUCUCUACACCUGAAUCUGACCCCAACGUUGCUUCCGUCUUCGUUUAAUCUUCCCGUUAGAACGCCUAACUGGCCCGAUUCGUGUCCAUCUUCAUCAGAUCGGCACAACGCUGACGCGUUUAAAGUCGAAACGAGGUCGUUUCUAAAGGGGAUUGACGUGAACCGGAUUCCGGCGACGACAGCGGAGGCGGAGGAGGAGGUCGGUGUCUCCUCCCCGAAGAGCACCAUAUCGAGCAUCAGUGGGAAGAGGAGCGAGAGAGAUCUCCCGAACGAAAACGACGUCGGCGAGAGAUCGUCGUCUCGAGGCGGCAGUGACGACGAAGACGGCGAUAACAGCCGAAAGAAACUCCGGCUUUCAAAGGAUCAGUCGGCGGUUCUAGAAGAAAGUUUUAAGGAACAUAACACUCUUAACCCUAAACAAAAGCUGGCUUUGGCUAAGAGGCUUGGAUUGAGACCAAGGCAGGUGGAAGUUUGGUUUCAAAACCGAAGGGCAAGGACAAAGCUAAAACAAACAGAGGUGGAUUGUGAGUUUUUGAAGAGAUGUUGUGAAAAUCUAACAGAAGAAAACAGAAGGUUACAAAAGGAAUUACAAGAACUACGAGCUUUGAAACUCUCCCCGCAAUUCUAUAUGCAAAUGGCGCCUCCUACGACCCUCACUAUGUGCCCUUCGUGUGAGCGUGUGGCGCCACCACCAUCGGAAAAGCCGAUCAACCACAAACACAACAUGCCUCGCCUCACAUCCGCGAACCAAAUCCACCACCGAGCAUUACCGUUUCACCCAUGGCCAACACCUGCUAACCAGGUCGCUCAAAGACAGAUGGGUGGACUUCACCCACGAUCAUAAGGACAUUUUGGUUAUUUUAUGAAUGAGUUUAAGAUAUGAUAGGGGUUUGGUUGGUUGAUUAGGAUCUAGAGAUUUGGUCUAGUUGACCAAUUAAUAUUUGGGGGGUCAUGUUUACUUUGAGAGUUAGUUCUUUGUAAUUUUAUAUCUUAGUGUUAUAGUAUUUAAAUAUUCUUUCUUCCCAAUUUCAUGAAGAGAAGAAAACGACAAUACUCAUUGUUUAAAUGGGAAGGAAGAGACGUGUUAUUAGGUUGUAAAUUCCCUUCACUAAUUAAUCAUUUUUUUAUUCU